AUGAUUAUUCCCGGUCCUAAGAUACCGGGUAACGACAUCGAUGUUUAUUUGGAGCCCCUGGUGGAUGAGUUGAAGCAACUCUGGGAUGGCGUUGAAACUUAUGAUGCUAAUAAGGGGACCACUUUCAAGAUGCGUGCGGCGCUAAUGUGGACUAUUAGCGAUUUUUCAGGGUUGGGAAAUUUAUCUGGGUGGAACACGUAUAGUGGGUUAGCUUGUCUCACGUGCCAUCGCCGCUUCUUGAAUCAGGGCCAUAAAUAUAGAGUAGACCGGAUUAGAUUUGACGGACAAGUUGAAAGCAGAGAUCCACCGAAGAAAUAUUCUGGAGCAGAUGUCUUAAGUGUGUUCUUUGAACUCCCGUACUGGAAGGAUCACAUGUUGCGUCAUAACCUUGACGUGAUGCAUAUAGAGAAGAACAUUUGUGACAAUGUGGUCUUCACUAUCUUAAACGAUAGCGUCAAAUCAAAAGAUAAUCUUAAGGCUCGCAAAGAUUUACAAAGUAUGGGCAUAAGGUCUGAAUUGUGGCCGGACGAAGGUGGUAAAUAUUCUUCAGCAAUCUUCACAAUGUCGAAUCCACAGAAGGAUGUAUUCCUGAAGACUCUACAGAAUGUGGUCUUUCUAGAUGGUUACUCGAGCAAUAUUGCUCGUUGUGUUGACAUCCGGCAGCGCAAGUUGUAUGAGUUGAAGAGUCACGACUGCCACAUUCUUAUGGAACAAUUACUUCCAAUUUUGGUGAAAAAUGCAUUGCCAAGUCUGCUUGGUGCCCUUCAGAAUCAUGUUGUGCAAACUCUGUGUCAGAUGGAAAUGAUUUUUCCUCCAUCCUUCUUCACUGUCAUGGUUCACCUUACGGUGCACCUCGUUGAUGAAAUAAAACUUGGUGGUCCGGUACAUUAUCGGUGGAUGUUUCCAAUAGAAAGGUACUUAGGACGAUUGAAGCAAUACGUACGUAACAGGGCACAAGCAGAAGGCUCAAUUGUGGAGGGCUAUUUAUCCGAGGAGAUUUUGACAUUCUGCUCCAGAUAUUUGGAUAAUAUUGAGACUAGAAUUAAUCGACCAGCGCGAGUUGACGAUCGACCUGUUGAUGUUACAAACAAUACAGGAUGUAAUAUGUUCCCAGAAAUUGGAAAAGCUUCAGGGGCUAUAUCACAUUUUGUACUGACCCCAAUGGAAAGAGAUCAGGCACAUCGUCAUGUGCUAGUCAAUUGCGAGGCCGUCGCUCCGUUUAUUGAGUACGUUCCAAUGGACAGUACUGUACAUUCGAAAGAAAUGAAGUUGCUGGCAUGUGGUCCCAUGCUUCAGGCAAGAUGUUUUGGGGCAUAUAAUGUCAAUGGGUACAAGUUUAGAACUAUCACAAAGGAAGACGGGCUGAAAAUACAAAAUAGUGGAGUUUAUGUCUCAUCUAAUACAAGAAGUUAUGCCAGCAUGCGUGACAACAGAGUGGCUAUUGGUAGUGUUGAUACAACUACGAGCAGAGGAAUCAAACAAGACCAUCUGGGCCUUACCAGCGUUAAUUUUGCUCGUCCAAUUCACACCGGUGAUCGAGAAGAGGAUGAACCAUACAUAUUGGCAUCAGAAGCUCAUCUCGUGUACUAUGUACGUGAUGAAGUAGAUCCAGAAUGGAGUGUAGUGGUUCAUGUAAAACCACGAGACUUGUAUGUCAUGGGAGGAGAGAAUGAAGAUGUUAAAGCUACUUUUUCUCCUCAGCCCAGGUUGAACCUGUCAGCAGCAGGUGACAUCAGUGAUUUACAGUUGACAAGGGAUGAUGAUAUAGAAGACCUAGUAGCAGAUGUUUCUGAUAACAUCAAUUAUGUGGCAUAG